GUUAAGGUUGGGUAAAUGGGAUGGGUGCAGACUCCAGAGGGAAAAGAAGAAAAUAAAUAAGAAAGACAAAAGGUCAUGGUUUAGGAGGGAGAUUUUAGAGAUGGAGUAGGCCUGUAGUACUUUUUGAUACCUACCUCUUUAACUCUCCUUUUCACAAGAGGUGACCCCCUUACACCUAAGAAAAUAUUGAACAUCAAAGUGUGGUAAAGUUUCUUAAUUAUUGGAGAAGACAACAGAAUGGUGAAAGUGCACAAGCAGCACAACUGUCCUGCCCAGCUAAACUGUCCCAUUGCAACUUGGCAGAUGGAAGUGCACAAGGAGCGCAGAAGUACAGUUAACCCGGCAACCCCCACGUAGAGCCCUACGCCUUCUUCCCCACCGAUAAAGCGCCUUUCUUUCUCUUUGUCACUCUCUCUACCAUCUCGCUGUGGUCAGACUGAGUCGCUGCUGCUAUUGAGGAUGCCACGGCCGGGCCCUAGACCUUAUGAGUGUGUUAGGAGAGCUUGGCACAGCGAUAGACACCAACCCAUGAGAGGUUCUAUUAUUCAACAGAUUUUCAGGGUCGUCAAUGAGUCUCACAGCGCUGCAACUAAAAAGAACAAAGAAUGGCAAGAGAAGCUUCCUAUUGUUGUCCUGAAAGCAGAGGAAAUCAUGUACUCCAAAGCAAACUCCGAGGCUGAGUAUAUGAGUCUUGAAACACUAUGGGACAGAGUAAAUGAUGCCGUCAACACUAUCAUUCGGAAAGACGAGAACACCGAAACCGGUGAGCUAUUGCCGCCAUGUAUAGAAGCUGCCCUUAACUUGGGUUGCAUUCCUGUGAGGGCUUCGAGAAGCCAACGGCUCAGUAAUCCUAGGAGUUACCUCACCCCGAGAGCACAAGAACCGGCCUCUGCACCUGCUAGACUUUUAGAUAAAACUAGUUGUGAACAACGCCCAUUGUCGCCAUUUCACUCUGGAAAUCGGUUACACCUUGCAAAAACCACCACCAGGAAUCCUGCUUUUCUGAUUUCAGAAUCCAACAGCCAGAUCAAUCCAAAUCCUAACCUCACUGCCCCUUGCAACCACCCUCUCUCAGUAGAGAACAUUCCUGCCGGCCCUAACCCGUUGAUAAUGGAAAGAAACACCCUACUGAACUUGGGUACAGUGUAUCCAUUGUAUUAUGGAACUCACUAUCCAACUGGAGGGUCUCAAUUAGGCUCCCAGAUCCCAGAAAAACCACAUUCUAAGACUAUAUAUUUUGGCAAACCGAUUCUUGCAGCAACGGGAGAGUCUGCUGAAAGGGGUGUCUUCCAGAACCCGUUCUCCUUUAAGAAUGCUAAAAAUGCUUCGAAUAGAUUAAUGCAAGUGAAUGUCCUGGACACCCAAGAGAAGCCACAAGAGAGAGAAUGCGAUUUGUCUUUGAGGUUGGGUCUAGUUUCACAGUCACGUAUGGGCAUUGAAAAGAGUUCAGCAUGUGAAGUGGAAGAUGUUGGUUCGACCUGUUCUCAAGAGGGGGGAAAGUUUAGUGAUUUGUCUCCACAUACAAAAAAGGAGUUCAGUUUUUUUCCAAGGAGGGUUGCUUGUGAUCCCGAUGACUCCACUUCAAGAAAGUGGAAUACAGAGAGUGAAGGUCAGAAUAAGGAGACAACAAAUAGGAAGCGCAAGGCACCGUCUGGUUAUAAUGAUGAUGGGUAAUUUUACUGGAAAAUAGAGCUCCCAUCCAAGUAGUCUACUGGUCAUAUUAAAAGGCAAGGUUUGUAGACAAUCUUUCACAUUUGUAUUGUAUAUGCUUGGACAUCCAAGUUGCCCUGAGAUAUGUUGUUAAUUCCGUUUUCCGACCUCCAAAUCUCUGUUGGUCUCAUUGUAAAAUUUUAGAAACAGAUGGUAGGAAGUUGCAGUGGUGUAAAAUGUGAAAGGGAAAGAAAACCUUGGUUUGAUUUAAUCCAAGUA